UGACUAGUACCCUCAAUAGAUAAAACAGAGUGUGAAGGAAACACAAAAAAAAAAAAGUGAAUCAAUUGAAUCGACAUGUGCAGCCUCGAGAAGCGUGACAACCUUUGGGUCCUGACCCUCACCGGCGACGACCAGAACCGCCUCAGCCCCACCGUCAUCCAAUCCCUUCUCUCAACCCUUUCCCGACUCACUUCUCAAGCCACCCCUGGCUCCGUCCUAAUCACCACCGCCACCGGCAGAUUCUUCUCCAACGGCUUCGAUCUCACAUGGGCCCGCGCUGCCGGCUCCGAAUCCGCCUACGAUCGCCUCCAGUCCAUGGUCGAUUCCCUUCGCCCCGUCGUGGCGGCGCUCGUGUCACUCCCGAUGCCGACAAUCGCCGCCGUCAACGGCCACGCUUCCGCCGCCGGGUUCCUGUUAGCGAUCAGCCAUGAUUACGUCCUGAUGAGGAGCGACCAGGGCGUGAUGUACAUGCCGGAGGUGAACCUUGGCCUGCCGCUGCCGGAUUACUUCGCCGCCGUGAUGAGGGAUAAGAUCAGGUCUCCGGUGACGCUGAGAGACUUUGUGCUGGGCGGGGUGAAGAUCAGGGCGGGGGAGGCGGUGAAGAGGGGGAUUGUUGACUCGGCGCACGAUGGCGCGGAGAAGACGGUGGAGGCGGCGAUGCGGUUGGGGGAGGAGCUUGGGCGGAGGAAGUGGGUGGGGGAAGUGUAUGCAGAGAUAAGGAAGAGUUUGUAUCCAGAAGCGUGUUUGGUUUUGGGAUUAACUCAGAAAUCAAUUGUUUCUAAGAUCUGAAUGUUAAGAUUGAUUAAUCACUUAUUUACUAUUGUGCUUUGUAUUUUGAUUAUUUUUCAUUUUCUUAUCCAUUACAAGGAACUUUACUGUACCUUUUUUUUAAUACAUAUAUGCUCUAUAUGCAUUCAAUAAUAGAAGUUUAAGAUUGUCUUUCA